AUGGCUAGUGGUAGUGGUAGUGGUAGUGAUAGCGGGGAAGGUGUUGGUGGCAAUGGGGAAGGUGCAGGUGGCUGGGAUAGUGAAGCAUCGCGGCAGAUCCGCGAAUGGGCCUAUACGUCGGCUGAGAUAAGUCGCCUGAUGAGGGAGGCCUUGCAGCAGCAGCAGCCGCAACCGGCAGUACAUCGCCCCAUCCAACGUCGAGCUGUAGUACCCCGGGACCACGUCGGUGCACACCAAAGAUUGUUUGAGGACUAUUUCGCUGAGCAGCCCCGAUUUGGGGACAACUUCUUCCGACGGCGGCAGCUCGCCUACGGAGGCCCAGCCGACAUGUUCGAUGAGUACCUCCACAUCGGCGAGACGACAACCCUAAUAUGCGUCGAGUAUUUUUGUCAAAGUGUCAGUGAAAUAUUCAGGGAUACCUAUCUUCGGAAGCUUACUCCCCAAGACUGCCAUGAUAUGAUGGUUAUGCAUGGGAGUCAGCACGGGUUUCCGGGAAUGUUAGGCAACAUAGAUUGUAUGCAUUGGGAGUGGAAGAACUGUCCCACCGCCUGGAAGGGGCACUACACGACCGGCUUCAAAGUCAAGAAUCCCACGAUGAUCCUCGAAGUCGUGGCCGACUACCGACUUUGGAUUUGGCAUGCAUAUUUUGGGGUAGUCGGGUCGAACAACGACAUCAACGUGCUCCAUUCGUCGCCCCUUUUCAACGAGCAGUGCCGGGGCGUUGGUCCUGCCAUCAGUUUUGUCGUCAACGACAACCAACAUCAUAUGGGCUACUAUUUGGUGGAUGGGAUAUGCCCUAGGUGGUCUGUCUUUGUGAAGAUGAUCAGAUGUCCGCUCGAAAAAAAGAUUUUUUUUGCGGUUCGUCAGGAGGCAGCGAGCAAGGAUGUGGAGCGGGCAUUUGGUGUGCUCCAGGCUUGA